GUGUCAAGGUCCUAUAAGGUUAUUCUUAUGCGUUUGCAACUACAGGUGCAUUAUCGAAAAAGGCAGUCCAACUAAAACAUUUCAGGUGCAGAAGCGUUUAGACUGGGAUUUUAUGUAUCAUCCACAUGGUUCAAUAGCUUGUCGGCAUUAUAAACGGUCACAUUAGCCUAUAACCUUCUUUUGACUCUAAAAAAAACACGAAACAGUCUUUUGUAACUGCAGCUUCCCUUGACUUCAAUGAAUAAUAAAAAGUCACAUGAUGUUAAUAUCAUUCCUAAAUCGGAUAUUCGUCAAUUGAUUAGAGUUGCAAAACCACAAGCUCAACGUACUAUUGAUCAUCCUCAUGCAAGAUAUAAUCAACUUGGUCGAAUAUCAUGUAUUUUAUGUGGUGUACAAAUCAAAUCAGAAUUUGCUUGGACUGCACAUAUAUUAAGCAAGUCUCAUAAACAAAAUGAAUUACGUGGAAUUCAAUUACCCAGUAAACGUCCUAAUACAGAAGCUAAACUAACUGAUGAAGUAGUUUGUAAAUUGUCAAAAGUUGAAGACAAGAUUAAGUCAGAUGAGGAAAAUUCGGAUGUUAACAGACAAAACAAAUUAUCAACUGUAAUUUCUGAUGAAAAGAUAUGUGAAAAAAAUCCUGCAGAGAAAAAAAUCGAAUCACAAUCUCAACUCCCAGAAGGUUUCUUUGAUGACCGAUAUAAAGACGCCAAGGUUCGAUGUGUUCCAUAUAAGGAUAAAAUGGCAGAAGAAUUGGAACUUUUUCAAAAAGAAAUGAAUGCUUUGGAAAAGCAUUCAGAAGAAAUCAUGGAAAAAGAAAGUGAAGCAUCAGUUUCUGAACGAAAUUUAGCUGAAAUAAAUGAACAAAUAAAGAAAUGGGAAAAAAUCAAACAAUUAGAAAAUGAAAAAGAUUUAUAUGAAAUGCGUUUAAAGAAAAAACUAACAGACAGUACAAAUCAAUCUGAAAAACUCGAGAAACAUAUUGACAUUAAGAUAAAAAAAGAAGAAUACUACACAGAAGAUGAUGGUGAAAGUGAUGAUAUUAAGAAUGAUGACGAUGAUGAUGAUGAUGAAGACAAUAUCUCCGAUGAAUUAAAUGAUUUUCGAACAAAAAAUACAGUUUAG